AGGUGCUUCCGGGUAAAUCAAAACAACACACAGUUCACUGGGUUCAGUAGUUCAACAAUAGGCUUUUUAUAGUCUUCAUAAUUAAAAUUUAUUUACUCUCACCCGAGUCGGACCUGAAGUGUAGAGUAAAGAGGUACUGGUGACAGGCGUAGCUAUCUCAAGCUUGAACGCAAGGCAAAGCCUGGGAUUAAAUAAAAAAUUCUGAACAGUAGAGUUUGAUAAAGGGUCGUUUGAGUUUGAUAAAAAAAAGGACACCAAGAUGUUGAAACCUCGAGCACUUUCGGAGGUUCUGAGUCAGGCAAACACAGGAGGUGUUGAAAGUACUUUGCUGUUGAACAGUGAGGGCUCAUUGUUGGCAUUUUCUGGGUUUGGCGACAAAGACGCUUCAGCCUCGGGAGCUAUUGCUAGCAAUAUAUGGGCAUCUUUUCAGAGAAGUGGCCAGAUUUCCUUGGAUGAUAGCAAGCUGGAUUGUGUUUUGGUUGAGUGUGAGCAAGGAAAAGUGGCCAUCACCAAAGUUGCCAAUUUAUUGCUUUGCUUGUGUGCCAAAGAUGGUGUGAAUUUUGGAAUUUUGAAGGCAAAGAUUGCAGCAAUGGCCACGUACCUGGAGGAACCCUUGUCACAAGUUGCAGCGUCUUGACAGAUAUGCCGGCUCUGCCGAGGAAAGGGAGUUUAGAGAGUCACUCUUGUCUCUGCAAGCAAAUUGGACAGUUAUAAAUUUGCUUACUUAUGCAUGUUUGUUUGAAUAAAAAUUGGAAAGGAAGAUUCUGGUUAAUGUGUGGAUAAAAGGAAGGAUACAGAGAGAGUGAAACAGGGAGAGGUGAAGAUGAAUCACAAAUGAUUAGGUGAUGCGAAUGCGAGAGAUAGAUAGUGAAAGAGAGAGGAGGGGGAAUACAACUGAUAAAGAAAGAGAGACCCCAGAAGUUCACGUUUUUAGAUUAUGUAAUGUUCUAUUCUAUUUCUAACAGCACUUGACGAACAAAAUGAAAUCUCAUUGAUUUCUUCUGUUCCAGUGAUACCCAACACUGUUACAUAGCUGAAGAACUAUGAAGAAUGAAUUUUUUUACUUUAGCUUAAAAAUUACAACAAAAGAAGUCUAUUAUCUGUUAUUUUUGUGGUAAACGGAUCUUUAUAUUCUGACUUGUAGAAAAAAAGCUGUGCAAUAUCGUAGUCUCAUCUCUUAGUCUUAGAAUGAGCAAGUCUUAUGCCCCUGCAUUUGCAUUAAUAAUUACUGAUUUGAAAAAGGGGAAAUUGAUAAGAAACAUUUGUUUUUCAGUCGUAUUUAAAGUUCAUGGCAAAUUGCUGAACUUUGCUUCUGAAUAUAAAGAUGUUGAUUUGACUAAAGCCGUGAGUGUCAGUGUCAAUUUCAUUGUACUAUUAUAUCUGAUGACAUUGAUGUGAUAUGUAUUUUCCCUUUUUGAAAGCUCUUUUUGUAUUGUUUGAUUGUUUAAUCCAAAGAAAACCCUGGAUUUGAGCAUCAUUAUCAGCAGUACCAUUUGAGAAUACGAAAUGAUAAUAAAGCUCUAUAAUUUGAGAA